AUGUCGUCGAGAAAACCGGUAGAUCAAAGUGAGACAACUCGAACCGAACAACCAACAAAAUAUGAAAAUGCUGGCGAUUUGCCAAAAUCUGAGGCGCCACCAGUAGUUGAUGGUGUGAAGAUGUUUCAUGUGGGUUUGUUGGAGAGAGGGACCACCGAACUCCCAAACUUCUAGAAUUACCCUUUGAAUAAUUCCACAAAUUUUAGGCAGACUUUGUUUCAUAUUUAUACCAACCACAUGGUGAAUUUUAUGACACGAAUGUCAAAAAAAUCGAAGAAGUGACUGCUGUUCCACGCGAAACUGUCGCAUAUUUUCUUUUUGCACUCAAUGCGCUCUAUAUGGUUUUUGGAUCAUGGGCUGAAUUUUUGUGUAAUUUGAUCGGAUUGGCAUAUCCCGGAUAUGUGUCAGUCAAAGCAAUUAGAACUGAAGGAACUGAUGAUGAUACUGAAUGGUUGAUUUAUUGGAGUGUUUAUGCAACAUUUUCAUUGAUUGAUUAUUUUGCUAGUAGUAUUUGGAGUGUUUUUCCAUUUUACUGGUUGGCCAAGAUGACAUUCUUGAUGUAUCUUUAUCUUCCACAAACUAAAGGAUCUAGAGUUGUCUAUAAUAGUAUUGUCAAUCCUUUAGUCACUGCAAUCGAUAAAUUUUUGGAACCGAAAAGUAUCAAACUUGAAGCAGUCAAACAAGAAUAA